AUCCACAGAUACAGGUAUACAUACAUCCCCCCACCCCAUACAUUCUCCACUAUACCUUUCCCUCUUCAACUCCAAAUAACAAGCAUAUGCCAUUCGACUUCAAUCUCUUUUCAUAACCAGGAAUUGCCUUCUCUCGUUUUCCCGGACUACCAUGUCCGGUUUCAAUCAUUACACUACCUCCGGGUUUACCCCCCCGAAAAAUCCUCCUGCGCUAUUAUCAUGGCAGCAGCGCCGUCCUGCCCCUGGAGCCCACAAGAAAUCAUCAUCUUCCACUUCCAAUGGUCAGGUGUCGCCCCCCUCCCCCGCAGCAGUCGCUACCUCCAUGUCUUCCACAGACUUGUCUAUCCCGGCUUUGGCUUCUUCGCCGCCUCGGCCGUCGGUGGCCCCUCUGUCGUUUCCCGCACAAUCAGUGCCCCUGGCAUCUGCUCCGCCGAAUAAGAUCCACCGACAAUCUUUAUCUUCAUUUUCUCCCUCAACCCUUUCCACUACCCCUCCGCGGCAUAACCGAAGUGGCUCUGCUCCGAAGGGCAUGCCGGGAACCUUUGCGCCCAACUUUAUUAAAUCUACAGAUGAGAGACGGAAUAGCACCGCUAGCCUGGGUGUUGGUAUUGCAGGAGAGAGCAGUGAUUUCUCUGGAAGGAGGUGGGUAUGGGUUAGGGAUCCGGAAAAGGCUUUUGUGAAAGGGGAGGUGGUAUUGGAUGAGGAUGGAAUGCUCACAGUUAGAUGUGAUGAUGGCGCGGUAUGUAUGCCCAAGAAUUGUUGUUGAAGAUAUCUGUCGCAGCGUUCCUUGUUUUCUUGGUUCGGCUCUAUUUUCAGGCUUAAAAUUGCGUUUGAAUGAGUAUCCGCUGACUUGAGCCCACAACCAGGAGCGGAUAGUGCAUUCAGAUAAUGUUGAUAAGGUCAACCCGGUCAAGUUUGAUAAAGCCGACGACAUGGCUGAGCUUACACACUUGAACGAAGCCUCUGUGGUGUACAACCUCCAAUUGCGAUACCAAGCCGACCUAAUAUACGUAAGUUUAUGCAGAUUGAACUCAUACCCAUUCAGGAACUAAUGCUAUUUCGUCACGAAGACAUAUUCGGGCUUAUUCUUAGUUACAGUAAACCCUUAUUGUACACUGCCCAUAUACAAUAACGAAUACAUAGCUAUGUACAGAAAUAGAUCAAGGGAAGACACUAAGCCUCAUAUAUUUGCUAUUACCGAUGCGGCCUUCAGAAACAUGCUUGAGGUGAAAGAAAAUCAAAGCAUCUUGGUAACGUUAGUAAAUAUGCUUCGGGAACUUUAGCCUGUAGAGUUGCUAACGCUUCUGACAGAGGAGAAUCUGGAGCCGGAAAAACAGAAAAUACUAAAAAGGUCAUACAGUAUUUGGCUGCGGUUGCCUCCGAUAACUCAUCAUCGCGACAACUAGGGACACUAGAGCUUCAAAUUCUCAGAGCAAAUCCUAUUCUUGAGGCCUUUGGGAACGCACAAACCCUUCGGAAUAACAAUUCGUCGCGAUUUGGCAAGUUCAUACGAAUCGAAUUCACGAGGUCUGGGCAUAUCGCUGGCGCGUUCAUUGACUGGUAUCUGCUUGAGAAGAGUAGAGUUGUGCGACAGGGGGGGGAAGAGAGGAACUAUCAUGUUUUCUACCAGCUUCUAAGGGGAGCAAGUAAGCAAAUGAAGGAUAUGUAUUUGUUGAGUGACGAGGGUAUCGGCGCGUGGAAUUACACCAAAGACAGUAACAAUUCGAUAGCGGGUGUCAAUGAUGCAGACGAAUUCCGGUCACUGAUGGAGGCUUUCCAGGUAAUGGGCUUCAGUCCCGACGAACAGAUUUCAAUCCUCCGGGUCAUAGCUGCAGUUUUACAUAUUGGAAACAUUCAUGUGGUCCCUGAGCGCCGCGGCAGCGAGGACGCACGGUUAAUGAAUCCUAACCAGGUGGAAAAACUGUGCCACGUGCUAGGAAUACCUUUGGAUAGCUUCGUUAAAGGACUGCUCAAGCCUAGAGUGCGGGCCGGGAGAGAGUGGGUCAACCAAUCAAGGACAGCUGAGCAAGUAAAGCAUAGCCUUGAUGCUCUUGCCAAAGGUUUAUAUGAGAGAGGAUUCGGUAGACUUGUUGAAAUGGUCAACAACAAGCUCGACACCAAGGGUGAUGGCGAUAGUUUUAUUGGGGUUUUGGAUAUCGCUGGUUUCGAAAUUUUCGAGGUAUAUCUACCUAAUAUUACCACUGACCCGAUAGCUCAUGAUCCUCCUAAAAUUUUAGUCAAACAGCUUUGAGCAACUUUGCAUUAAUUAUACUAAUGAAAAACUGCAACAAUUCUUCAAUCACCACAUGUUCGUUUUAGAGCAGGAAGAGUACGCAAAGGAGAAGAUCGAGUGGAAAUUCAUCGAUUUCGGACACGAUUUGCAGCCAACUAUUGACCUUAUUGAACUACCCAAUGUAAGUAUGAUAAUCCUAACUACCCUUGCGGUUGCUAACACUUCGUUCUGUCAGCCUAUCGGUAUCUUUUCCUGUCUAGAUGAAGACUGCGUGAUGCCCAAGGCCACCGACAAGUCCUUUACUGAGAAAUUGCACUCGCUUUGGGAUCGUAAAACCACGAAAUACAAGCGGUCUUUACUAAAGCAAGGGUUUAUGCUUACCCAUUAUGCUGCCGAAGUUGAAUAUUCUACUGAAGGAUGGUUGGAGAAAAAUAAGGACCCGUUGAAUGAGAACAUUACGAGGCUUUUGGCUGCUUCUCACGAUAGCCAUAUCUCCUCACUAUUCGCCGAGUAUGCCGAGGAUGCGAGUGAGGCAGGAAACGUGAUUAAGAGUCGUGUGAAGAAAGGGUUAUUCCGCACUGUGGCCCAAAGACACAAGGAACAGUUGACAAGCUUGAUGGCUCAACUUCAUUCAACUCACCCCCACUUCGUCCGAUGCAUUAUACCUAAUCAUCAAAAGAGACCCAAGAAGUUAAAUGCGCCACUUGUUCUGGAUCAGCUCAGGUGCAAUGGUGUAUUGGAAGGGAUAAGGAUUGCAAGAACCGGAUUCCCGAACAGAUUGCCGUUUGCAGAGUUCCGACAGCGAUAUGAAGUCCUAACACCGAAAAUUCCUAAAGGAUACGUUGAGGGCCAAAGGGCUUGUCAACUCAUGCUACAACAGCUUAAUCUCGAUAGUUCUUUAUUCCGAGUUGGUCUGACAAAGGUCUUCUUUCGCGCGGGGGUAUUGGCCGAAUUGGAAGAACAGAGAGACACCUUGGUGCGGAAGAUAGUGACAACUUUCCAGAGCAUCUCCAGGGGAUAUCUGCAAAGGAAGAUUGCAAGUAAAAGGCUAUACCGCGCAGAAGCAACAAUGAUUAUUCAGCGUAAUCUGCAGGUGUACCUCGACCUUUGCGAAAGCCCUUGGUGGAAGCUGUUUAUGAAAAUGAAGCCACUGCUCGGAGCUACUCAUUCCUCUGGUGAGGUCAAGAAAAGGGACGAAAUGAUUCAGAAGAUGGAAGCGCAUAUGCAAGCCGAAGCAGAGAACCGUCAAAGGCUUGAAGAGGAUAGGAGGAAGGCAGACGCAGAGCUGCACAGGGUUCAAAAGACACUGGAGAGUGAGAGAGCUCUUGCGUUGGAUAAAGAAGAAAUAUUCAAGAGAAUGCAACAGCGGGAGGCGGAGUUGAGUGAGAAACUUGCCGGUGCUCUUGAUGACCAGGACGUGUUGGAGGACCAGAUAGACGAAUUGAUGUCAGCGAAGAAGAAGGCAGAUGAGCAAGCAGAAGUUUGGAGGAAGGAAUUGGAGCAAGCAGGGGAUCUGAUUGCAAAGCUCGAAGAUGAGAAGCAUGAAAUGGCAGCGAGAUUGGAGUUUCUAGAUCGCGAGCUUGAAGAAGCAGAGAAGCAGAGAACCGAGAGAGGUGGUGCCCAGGAUAGGCUAGAGCAGGAGGUGCACUUGCUGAGGAGUCACCUCUCUCUUAAAGAGCGGAAGAUACACGACUACGAAGAAGCUCUCAAGCGAUCAGAUCAUGAAUUAGAUGAGACGCUUGCUCAAACGGUACGUCCCAGUGUGAUGCCGUUACUAUCACCUAACUAAUUUUGAGAACAGAAUUUGAGUUUGCAAGAGGGGAAGAAACAAAUAAGGGAGUUAGUUGACGAGAAUAGAAAACUUAGGGAUCAACUCUCGGAUCUAUCCUCCACCUCCACCGGAUAUGAGGACCUUGUUCGUCGAAAGGAGAGUGAGCUCUCGCUCCUUCAUACUGACCUCAAGAGGAUGGAACUGGAGCGAAAGGCGUUUGAUGAUGAGAGACGUCAAUUGACGCAGAAACACGACGACAUAUUAUCGAGACUUCGAAGUGCUACAUCUGAAGUGGAAACCUUGAAACAUGAGAUGGCCCGCUUAGAGAAGGAAGCUGCCGAUGCGCGUAAACUCCUGGAGGCAAAGAUAUCGGAAGAUCAUAAGUCUGGGCAGGGUCGGCGUCUCCUGGACGAGCAGAUCAAGGAGAUGAAAGCAGAGCUCUCCGCAUUGCAGACCGAAUUAAACAAAGAGCGUCAAUCUAGGGCCGAUGUCGCACUUCUCAGUGAGCACAAGUUCAACAACCUCAUGCGGGACCACGAUGCUGUGAGCACUGCCAAAGUAACCAUCGAAAAAGAGCUUUAUUCGCAACAAGACACCCUCCGGCGCGCUCUAGAAGCACGAUCCCAGUCAGAGAAGGAAAAGAGAAACGUCCAGGCCGAGUUGAGGAUUGCAAGAGAUCGCCUUGCGGAGGCUGAAAAUGCCAGAACCCGGGCGGAAUCUGAGAUUGAGAAGAGCCUUUCCCGACAAGCGAAGGAGAAGGAAGCAAGACUAGAAAAGGAUCUUAAGGCCAAAGAAGAGGCGCUCUCUAUUUGUGAAGCAGAGCGCAAGAGACUCGCUUCCGAGGCUACACGACUCACGAGAGUUGCGAGUGAACAAGACUCAGCACGCCAGGCCUACGAGAGCUCUAGGAAACGGACCGAAUCUGAGGUCAGUGCGGUGAAGAAUAGGCUCCUGGCCUCAGAAAACGACAAUCGCGCGCUACAAAACAAGAUUCAGCAAAAGAACCUUGAGAUCAACAAAGCGAAUGCGAAAGCAAGUGAGCAAUACCGGGACAAGAUUGUUGCUUUAACAGCUGAGAAGACCAAAGCCGAUGAAGAGUGUCGGAGGUUACGGAAGCAAUACGAGGACGCCCAAAUACAGAUCCGUGCUCUCGAGAAACAAAAGGAGAAGCUUUCACUAAACUUGGAGGAUUUGAAUCAUGAGGUUGCACGCGAGCACAAGACAACCAGGAACGCAGAAAAGACCGUCUCAACUGUUCAACUUCAGCUUGCCGAGGCUAACAGGACCCUGGAGAUGGAGAGACAAUUGAAGUCGCAAGCCCAGGCGAACACACGACAGAUCCAGAAUGCCUUAGCAACUACCAACUCUGAACUUGAAGACUGUCAUCAACAGCUGCUUGCUCUACAGAAGGUUUUCAGCCCGCGCGGUGAACAACCUAAGAACUGGGAAUCGGGCAGGACAAGCGUUGCCCAGUCUGUAGACCUUGCCAUGAAGUUAGAGGAGUCGAAUCAAGCUCUCCGAGUUGCUAAUGAGAGGCGGGCUCGUGUCGAGAAAGAGCUUGCAGAGUUAAGAAAGAGGCACCAAGAUGAGAUAGUGGAGAUAGAUAACAUGCAUUCUUCGUCUAAGCGUGCGCUCUUUGAUGAGAUAAAUCAGAAUCCUCUACCGCCCAAUGGAUCCCCCAGACCUUUCGGUAGAGCGCUAAACAACAACAAACCCUACUCUAACCAGUCUACUCCUACACGGAAGACUCUUAACUUUGCAGCGGAAGGCUUCGACUCUGGAAAGACAGACAAGACGAUGGAUACUAUGGCAUUCCAGAGGAGGAUGGAUCUUGCCGCCGAGCUUGAGGAGGUUCAAAACCAAUUACAGCUCUCAGAAAUGCAAAUCAAGCACCUACAGGCACAACUAGAUCGAGCAGCAGCAAAAGAGAGCGGUACCGAACAGAGCCCAUCCGCCAAACGAGCAGUUAAGCUAGAGCGUGAAAACAGCCGACUUCAUGACUUGCUUGAUGAAUCGGAUCAGAAGAACUCUGCGCUGGAAGCCUCUAUGAAUCAAAUAGAACUAUCUUUGAAAGAGGUUCAAGCCAAGAGCCAUGAAGAAUUGUACGAUUUCAUUAGCACCCAAGAGCAAUCGCGCCGUCAUCUAGCGCUGGUUUAUAGCGAAACCGUCUCCGACCUCUCCAGAGCCAAAGAUCAAUUUGAAAAGAUCAAGGCAGCAAAAAUUGCAAUCGAAAAUGACCUCCGGGAGACCCAAGCUGAGCUUGACGAUGCUCUAUCGAUCCAGCAACAGGAUAAAGUUAGUAGGGCCCAGCUGCUCAGCGAGUUUGCGGACUUGCAAAUCCGUUUGGACGCGGAGGCUUCCAAGGCCGCCGACCUCACUGCCAGCUUGAAUCUUUACAAGUCAAGAAGCGAAGAGUAUUUCAGCAAACUCGAGCAAGCAGAAAUAUCGGUUCUCAAAGCCUCCAGGGCUGAAGCGUUCGCAAAGAGUCAGGCCCGGGAAACCGAGGAGACCGCCGCAUCCGUACUGGCGGAGAGGAGACACCUUGAUCAACUUGUGGAAGACCUCCAAAGACAAAACCAACAUUAUGAGGAGAAGGUUGAAGACCUGUCCGCAGACCUGUCCGCAGCCGUCCAAGCAAAGAAGAGGCUCCAGAACGAGUUGGACGACUACAGAAGCCGAAGAACCAUCGAUUUGGAGGAUAAAGAGAGCUCUAUGGAGCAAACCAGGAAGAAAUACCAGACUGAGCUAUCAACACUAACUGGCGAGUUGGAAAUUGAAAGAGAAAACGUUAUCCAGGUCAGGCAAGAAAGCAGGUACAUUACCCUUUAUCUUGUACCCGCUCUACGGCGUAGGCUGAUUCUAGUUCCCCAGAAACCUCCGCGAGGAAGUUGAAGAUCUCCGGGCAAAAUGGGAUGAUGAAGUCCUUAACAGCUCGACGUGGGCAAAGGAGAAAUCUCGCCUCGAAAUCAAGCUCCAAGAUCUUUCUCAGUCCCACGAAGAUGCUGUGGCAGCACACAACGAGGCUCAGAGUCGUGUUGUAUCCCUUCUCGCUCAGGUCCGUAGCCUCCGCGCCAAUGCCGAUGAGGUGGUUGGAGAGCGAGACAUGCUGCAGAAGGAGAAGCGCAGUUUGGAACAGAGAUUGGUUGAAGCCAGCCAGCGGCUUGAGGACCUGGCCAAUAGUGACAGCCCGUCAAUGCGUAAUGCAGCUGGGAUCGAUAGAGAGCUUCUUGAACUCAGGGGCUCUCUUCAACAACAGGAAGAUAUCGCUUCUGCUGCGGUAGAGAAGAUGCGUCGCGCGGAGGCAUUAGCGGUCGAGACACAGAGAGAUAUCGCUGUCGAAAGGGAGACUAAUGUUAGCCUUCACAAAGAAAAGGCUCAACUAGAAAAGCUGGCGAAAGACUUGCAAUUGAAACUUGUGGACCUAGAGACCAAGAGCUAUUCAAACACUUCGCACGACAUUAGAUUUCUACACACCAGAGUUCAAGAGGUACGCAUUCUGUGCUUCCGCCCUCUAUUAAUAUAAACCGGCUAAUUCCUUAAAUAGCUCGAAGAACAGCUCGAAGAACAGGAGAAGGAGAGAAACAAGAGCGAACGCUCAGUACGAAAUGUCGACAGGACAGUUCGGGAUCUACAGGCGCAAAUCGAGAGAAGAGACAAGGCAAAUACCCAACUCGAGGAAGAGAUCACCAAGGGCAAGGAUAAACUAGCAGGAUUAUUGAAGACGAUCGAGGAUCUUCAAGCCUCCGACUCCGAGCACCAGUUGGCUGCCAGGAGGGCAGAGAGGGAAGCUCGCGAAGAGAGGGAAAAGAGUUUGAGAUUAGAGCGCGAGCUUGAGGGAUGGAAAGGAUUAAGACUUGAUAGGAAUCACAACAGCCGAAGCGGAACUCUUGCAGCACUGAGCCAAGUGGGAGAGGACGAAGCCGAGAGGAAAGGCAAGAGGCAUUCAGUUAAUUUCUUAUAACGGAGGAGGUUUAUUCAUUAGGGAUGUGGUAGGGUUAUGGGGCUGUAAGUUUUCUCCUAGGUUGGUUGGUCGGUCGGCUGGAAUACGAUAGCAUUGGCAGGCAGGCAAGGAUCAUAGGUGUGGCUAUCUUUCAGCACGGCGCGGUGCCUGCAAGAGCGUUUUUCUUUUUUUCUUUCUUUUUUCAUAAUCGUUAUUUGGCGAUCUGGUCCGGCAUGUUCUAUGUUUCUUGUGCAUUGAUAUUCACUCAUGUCUUAUGAGGGUUGACUAGGGUUUCUCUGCUUUUGUAUCAUGGGGACUGGCCUGAUUUGGAUAAUGAUACCACUUGCUUUCGGGGUUCCCGAUCGAUACUCUUCAAUAGCUACUAUACGAUAGGUUUUAACU